AUGAAAACCAAGGAGAUCUCCAAACAGAGACUGACUUCAGACCUGCUGUUUCUCUCCACAGAGGAGGAGGAGGUGGAGGAUGUCCUGAGCAACAUCCUGAGAGACAGAUCACACAUCGACGAGACGCUGAGGCUGGCCUCUGAGGAGAACGCAGCAGAAAACUAUCAUGCUGCUAUUCAGAAGUUACGUAAGAUCUACCACGCAGCCAUCAAGCCCAUGGAACAGGCCUAUAAGUACAACGAGCUCAGAGCACAUGAGAUCUCAGAUGGGGAGAUCACCUCCAAGCCCAUGGUGUUGUUCCUUGGGCCCUGGAGUGUAGGCAAGUCCUCCAUGAUCAACUACCUGCUUGGCCUGAAGGACAGCCCCUACCAGCUGUACACAGGUGCUGAGCCCACUACCUCUGAGUUCACUGUGAUCAUGCACGGCGAGAAGACCCGCUCCAUAGAGGGUAUCGUCAUGGCGGCCGACAGCUCGCGCUCCUUCUCGCCCCUGGAGAAGUUUGGGCAGAGCUUUCUAGAGAAGCUGAUCGGCAUUGAGAUGCCCCACAAGCUGUUGGAGCGCGUCACCUUCGUGGACACGCCUGGAAUCAUUGAGAACCGCAAGCAGCAGGAGAGAGGCUAUCCCUUCAACGACGUGUGCCAGUGGUUCAUCGAUCGUGCCGACCUCAUCUUCGUGACCUUUGACCCCACCAAGCUGGAUGUGGGCCUGGAGCUGGAGAUGCUCUUCCGCCAGCUGAAGGGACGUGAGUCCCAGAUCCGCAUCAUCCUCAACAAGGCAGACAACCUGGCCACCCAGGACUUGAUGCGUGUCUACGGUGCCCUCUUCUGGUCGCUGGCGCCCCUCAUCAACGUCACAGAGCCCCCAAGGGUCUACGUCAGCUCUUUCUGGCCUUACGACUACGCACCCGACACCAGCCGCGAGCUGUUUAAGCGCGAGGAGAUCUCCCUCUUGGAAGACCUAAACCAGGUGAUCGAGAACCGCAUGGAGAACAAGAUCGCCUUCAUCCGCCAGCAUGCCAUCCGGGUGCGUAUCCACGCCCUUCUGGUGGACCGCUAUGUUCAGACCUUCAAGGACAAGAUGAGCUACUUCAGUGACCCUGACCUGGUGUUCAAGGAGAUCGUGGACGACCCGGACAAGUUCUUCAUCUUCAAGUCCAUCCUGGCCAAGACCAACGUGAGCAAGUUCGACCUGCCCAACCGUGAAGCCUACCAGGACUUUUUCGGUGUGAACCCGAUCGGCAGUUUCAAGUCCCUGUCCGCCCAGUGCUCCUACUCAAGCGGCUGCCUGCUGGACAAGAUCGAGAAGGCCAUCACCAGCGAGCUGCCGGGUCUUCUAAGCAGCAUCAACCCAGGCAAGGCCCCCCCCGGCCUGUCCUCCUGCGAGGCCACUGGAUGCGGAGACAAGCCUAAGAACCGCUAUCGGAAAAACUGA